GGUGCCAGCAGCUGAGCCGGAGCCGGGGGAGGGGAAGAGGGCGGCCAAGGCUGAGCGCGUGCAAGGCUGGAGAAUGAGCCGGACUUGACCGCGAGGCGGAGGCAAGAGCCACCGCCCCCUCUUCCCCUCCCCAGAGUGAGGCGGCGGGGCGGCGGCCGGAGAGGGAUGGGGGGCACCCGCCCUGUUUAAGCCUCGCCGCGGGCGCCUCCGGCUCUCGCAGUACUGCUCGCGGGCCGCCAGUGCGCACCGUCGGCCACAUCAGCCUUCGCCUGUCGGGUGUACCCGGGCCGGCGAGGAACGGGCACCCGUCGGGGUGGGUGGGGCGGCAGGGUACCUGAGGUCAUCAGCUCCGCGGUAGAGGCAGGGGCGGCGGAGGCGGAACUGCGAAGCUGCAAGGUCCACCGACCUUUACCUUCGGCGGGAGCAGUAACCGAAAGAGCAAAAUCAAAAGACAUCACCUUGGAUGUAUCCCCAAACCCCCAACUUUAGCCAGAAUUGCCAAAGCAGCCAGGGGAUCAACAGGGAACUCUCCUAGCAUUGGAUCUAUCAUUCUCAAAUUACACUGGCAACUUUGAUCCCUCAUAGUAAAAAGCAGCUCACAUACUGUUUCAUAUUAUGAGCUGCCCAGGCAUCAAACAAUGUGAAAGAUGUUGCAGAAGUGUUCCAGAAGUGGCUGAAGAUAGAAGGAAAAAAGUGCCACUGCCUAUCAGAAAAAACAAAACAAAACAAAACAUGGGAAAUACAACUACCAAAUUUCGUAAAGCACUCAUCAAUGGUGAUGAAAACUUGGCCUGCCAAAUAUAUGAAAACAAUCCUCAGCUAAAAGAAUCCCUUGAUCCAAAUACAUCUUAUGGGGAACCCUACCAGCACAAUACUCCAUUGCAUUAUGCUGCUAGACAUGGAAUGAAUAAAAUAUUAGGGACUUUUCUUGGUAGAGAUGGAAAUCCAAAUAAACGGAAUGUGCACAAUGAAACAUCUAUGCAUUUGUUGUGUAUGGGACCUCAAAUUAUGAUAUCCGAAGGAGCCCUUCAUCCUCGCUUGGCACGCCCCACAGAAGACGAUUUCAGAAGAGCAGAUUGUCUGCAGAUGAUCUUAAGAUGGAAAGGAGCAAAACUUGACCAGGGUGAAUAUGAGAGGGCAGCUAUUGAUGCUGUUGAUAACAAAAAAAACACACCCUUGCACUAUGCUGCUGCCUCAGGGAUGAAAGCCUGUGUAGAGCUUUUAGUAAAACACGGAGGAGACUUGUUUGCCGAGAAUGAAAAUAAAGAUACUCCUUGUGAUUGUGCUGAAAAGCAACACCACAAAGAUUUGGCCCUCAAUUUGGAAUCUCAAAUGGUAUUCUCACGGGAUCCUGAGGCUGAAGAAAUAGAAGCUGAAUAUGCUGCAUUAGACAAACGAGAGUAUUUUAAAUAUCCUGUCAUCUCCAUAGCCAUGAAGUAUGAAAAUACAUCUAGGCUAGCCACCAUGACUCAUGCCUGUGGUUCCAGUGCUUUGGGAGGCCAAGGCACGAGAGUUCCGAGACCAGCCUGUAUUUUGUACAGAGAACCGCUGCACCGGGGCGCCAGCAAAGCAGCCGCACUGGCCAAAACAGCCGCACUGGCCAAAACAGCCGCGCUGGCGACCUACUGGGACAGGGAGAAAUUACUUGAAGCUUGGAUGUCCAACCCAGAGAACUGCUGCCAACGAUCAGGUGUUCAAAUGCCAACUCCACCACCAAGUGGGUAUAAUGCCUGGGACACACUCCCAUCUCCAAGAACUCCAAGGACUACACGCUCUUCUGUCACUUCCCCAGAUGAAAUCAGCUUAUCUCCUGGGGAUUUAGAUACCAGUUUGUGUGACAUUUGUAUGUGCAGUAUCUCUGUAUUUGAAGACCCCGUGGAUAUGCCCUGUGGACAUGACUUUUGUAGAGGAUGUUGGGAGUCGUUUUUGAAUCUGAAAAUUCAAGAAGGUGAAGCUCACAACAUUUUUUGCCCUGCAUAUGAUUGCUUCCAACUUGUGCCUGUGGAUAUCAUAGAAAGUGUAGUUUCAAAGGAGAUGGACAAACGAUACCUACAGUUUGAUAUUAAGGCCUUUGUUGAAAAUAAUCCUGCCAUUAAAUGGUGUCCUACUCCAGGCUGUGACAGAGCAGUCAGACUAACAAAACAAGGGUCAAAUACAUCUGGAUCUGAUACACUCAGCUUCCCAUUGCUGAGAGCUCCUGCUGUUGAUUGUGGAAAAGGACAUCUCUUCUGUUGGGAGUGCCUUGGUGAAGCACAUGAGCCUUGUGACUGCCAAACAUGGAAGAAUUGGCUGCAAAAAAUAACCGAAAUGAAACCAGAAGAACUUGUGGGAGUUAGUGAAGCCUACGAGGAUGCCGCCAAUUGUCUCUGGUUAUUAACUAACUCCAAGCCUUGUGCCAACUGUAAGUCUCCAAUACAGAAGAAUGAAGGCUGCAAUCACAUGCAGUGUGCUAAGUGCAAGUAUGACUUUUGCUGGAUUUGCCUAGAAGAGUGGAAAAAACAUAGUUCUUCCACUGGAGGUUAUUACAGAUGUACUCGCUAUGAAGUCAUUCAGCAUGUGGAGGAGCAAUCCAAGGAAAUGACUGUGGAGGCUGAGAAAAAACACAAACGAUUUCAGGAACUUGACAGAUUUAUGCACUAUUAUACAAGAUUUAAAAAUCAUGAGCAUAGUUAUCAGUUAGAACAACGCCUUCUUAAAACAGCCAAAGAAAAGAUGGAACAAUUGAGUAGAGCUCUCAAAGAAACUGAAGGAGGCUGUCCAGAUACCACUUUCAUUGAAGAUGCAGUUCAUGUGCUCUUAAAAACUCGGCGUAUUCUCAAGUGUUCUUAUCCAUACGGAUUUUUCUUGGAACCUAAAAGCACAAAGAAAGAAAUUUUCGAACUAAUGCAAACAGACCUAGAAAUGGUCACUGAAGACCUUGCCCAGAAAGUCAAUAGGCCUUACCUUCGCACACCCCGCCACAAGAUCAUCAAAGCAGCAUGCCUUGUUCAGCAGAAGAGGCAAGAAUUCCUGGCAUCUGUGGCUCGGGGAGUAGCUCCUGCAGACUCACCAGAAGCUCCAAGACGCAGCUUUGCUGGUGGAACAUGGGAUUGGGAAUAUUUAGGAUUUGCAUCACCAGAGGAAUAUGCUGAAUUUCAGUAUCGGAGGAGGCACAGACAACGUCGUCGAGGAGACGUGCACAGUCUGCUCAGUAAUCCUCCAGAGCCUGAUGAGCCAAGUGAAAGCACUUUAGAUAUUCCAGAAGGCGGCAGCAGCAGCCGCAGACCUGGCACAUCCGUGGUAAGUUCUACAUCUAUGAGUGUACUGCACAGCUCUUCCCUGCGUGACUACACCCCUGCCAGUCGCUCUGAAAACCAGGACUCUCUUCAGGCUCUGAGUUCCUUGGAUGAAGAUGAUCCCAAUAUACUUCUUGCAAUACAGUUAUCACUGCAAGAGUCUGGGCUGGCCAUCGAUGAAGAAACUAGAGACUUCCUCAGUAAUGAAGCAUCCUUAGGUGCGAUAGGCACUUCUUUACCUUCCAGGCUGGACUCUGUCCCCAGAAAUACAGAUAGCCCUCGGGCUGCAUUGAGCAGCUCUGAGCUUUUGGAACUUGGUGACAGCCUCAUGAGACUAGGAGCAGAGAGUGACCCAUUUUCAACUGACACCCUCAGUUCACACCCUCUCAGUGAGGCAAGAAGUGAUUUCUGUCCCUCAUCCAGUGACCCUGAUUCAGCUGAUCAAGACCCCAACAUCAAUGACAAUCUUCUUGGCAACAUCAUGGCUUGGUUUCAUGACAUGAACCCUCAGAGUAUUGCCCUGAUUCCUCCAGCAACUACAGAAAUUAGUGCAGAUUCCCAGCUCCCCUGUAUCAAAGAUGGGUCAGAAGGUGUGAAGGAUGUGGAACUGGUGCUGCCGGAAGAUUCAGUGUUUGAAGAUGCCAGUGUCAGGGAAGGUAGAGGAACCCAGAUGGAAGAAAAUCGUUUGGAAGAAAAUAUUCUGACUGAGGAAGCAGCAUCUCAAGCUGAUGACAGUGGUAAUGAGGUGGCCAACAGAGUAGAUGGUUCAGAUGUUUCAAGUCAAACACCUCAAACCUCAAGUGACUGGCUUGAACAAGUACAUUUAGUGUGAACUGCACACAUCUGGGCUCUAAAUGAAUUACAGUUAUAGAUGGUAUGCUAGGUGGAGUAUGCUUGAUAGGGACCUUGAUUCACUUAAUUCCAACUCAGUGAUAAACCACCACCAUUAGGGUUGAAUACAAAGGAGUUCCCUUGAAUGGUAGCUUCAUUUUUUAUUUUAACCUUACAGGGAAUUUCCUUUGUACUUAAUUGAAUAGCUUUUCCCCUUUCUGCUGACAAAAAGAAGAGCAAGAGAAAGAGAAAUAAAAAUGAAAUAAAUAGAUUGUAUUCCACAUUUUAAGAAAAUGCAGUCCUCUAUUUAGCCUAGGGUUGACAAUACUUAAAUUGAACAUUUAAACUAAAGGCUUACUCCCUAAUCUUUGGGUGGCUUUCCUUUAAAAACAAAAAAAAAGUUUUCUUCAUUCUAGAAAUUCAUUUUGGAUAGAUCCGAUAACAUGUAUGUUCUCAAUCUCUUUGUGCUCUUCUGUAACUUCCUUUCUUCCUUUUUGUCUAAGCAAUGUGAAUUGAAGUCUCUUUAGUACCACAUCUACCACAGUGUAAUUAGUUUUAAUUUUCACAUGAAGCAAAGAUUUCCUUUCAUGUCUAUUUACAGUCCAAUUGUGCCAAACUCUGACUUGUGUGCUGACUAACAAGGCAUUUAGGUGUGCAGCAUCCUAGAGUGCUCCAGGGCAGUGUCAGCGUUCUUGGGAGUCAAAGGUGCCACUCAGUAGCAAUGAUAGUCCAGAAUUACAUGGGUUUUUGUUGCCGUGGAGACUGCAUUUAUAUAAAUGUAGCCUGUAGCUUAAGUUAACUAAACCUAAUGCUGCUGUUAAAAAGUUUAUUUUAAUAUUAAAAUACAGUUGAUUAGCAACAGCGGUGCUGUAUUUUAAGAGACACUUUAUUGGAAGUGCAAUCAUAGUUAUUUGUUUUCACAAUUUUACAGUGCAUUCUAAUUACUAAUGGGUGCAAUUACUUUUAAUGGUAGGUGUUUUAUAAAAUAGAAAAAAAAGUGGAGUUUUCAUGAGUUAUAGUAAAUCCCACGAUUAUUAAGAAAUUCAGUAAAACAUCCUGCGCAACAUGUUACCGUGCCUUUGCCUAACCUAAAUGGAUAGUUGCCAGUUAAAUAAGUGAGUAAUUCAAAUUUCAAUGUCUCUUCUGAAGUAACUAUGCUAUGAAUUGCAAAGACCUCCAUAAAACCACCCAUGGCCUUGCUUUUACAGUAACAACUAAAUGUUCAGUUUGUUUGCCUAACUAGCAAAUGCUGACAUGUGUUUGUUCUAUUGCACAAUACUCACUUGCUGUGUGAUUACUGUUUAGUGUUGAAAAAAAUCAACUUCCUAGUUAUCAGUGUCUACUGUGAAGAAAAUACUGGUCUUAGUUAUAAUUAAGAUACAAUGGUACAGUGUGUAAUUAAAACUAGAGUAAACUGUUGGAAUGGCUGUUUUACUUACAUAUUAUCAAAACUAGCGUAACAUAAGCAGAAUAGGUAAGUGCAACACUCCAUUUAGUGUUUUGCCAAAUUGUUGCCAGAAAUCUACAGAUACCAAAAUUUCAGUUCUGAGUUUGUACAGGCAAGUCCUGGACUGGGUAAAAAGUUAUAUGAGUAUUAUUAUCCACAAGUGAUGUGAUUAUGGUUUUCGAUUACUUUUUUUCCAAACCCUGCUUUUGAAAUAUGCUUAUACUUAAAAUCAUAUUGCUAGGACACUAUAUUAGCAUAUUUAAUAUUCCCCAGAUCCUCUUAGGAUAAACUGUGGGAAUCCUCCUAUGCCAGGCCUAUCAAAGGUCCACAUUAGUUUUUAUUUCUCCAGUGAUCAGAAACAUUGAUAUCAAUACCUAUUAAAGUUAGUGGGGGGAAAUAUUAACUUUAUCUACAGUGUAUUACUGUAUAUUAAACUGAAAUAGUCCAUAAAGGAUUUUUUAUGAAUUUAUUUUGGAUUAAAAAUAUCAACACCAAUAAGUUUUUAGACCAAGUUGUAACUUUUCCAGUAUAGAGUCUUUGCAUCACAUUGAGGCAUCUUGCACAGCUGCAGUUAAGGUGAGAAAGAAUGCUCUGUGUGAAGAUAGCGUACAAAAUGGGUUCCGGUUUCCUUGCACCUUGUGCAGUAUCCUUUAUUUCUGUGCUGUUCUCUUCUGAGCAUGAAAAAUGAUGAUUAUCCAAUUUGUAUUUCCUUGGUACAUAUUUUAAAAACAACACAGUCAUUGACUUUACAAUUCAGUAAUGAAGUUUGGCAAAGCCUAUUUUGUAAACAAGUUAAUUUUAUAAUGUAAAAAAAAAAGUUAAUCUAACCUUGACUUGUUAUUUGCACUUUCAUAGUCUAUACUUGAUACAUUCCCACUUUAUAUACAGUAGGAUUCUACAAACGUGUAGAUGUUUGGCCAAAUGAAUGCUGUUAAUAAUAUGUAAAAUUCUUUGAUUAAACAUUUAUUACUUAAACUA